UUAGCUAAAACCCGAUCGCGUCACUUUUGAAAAAUCAAAACUUCCGCCAAAAUCAAAACAAAGAUUUUCUAAAAUUCUGGUAAAAUGUACAACAAAACAAUUGCUGACUGGUUAACGGAGACGAAAGAUGACAUUCUCAAUCUGUCAAGAUGUCGACUUAUGGAAAUUGGAGCUACAGUUUUAUUUCUUUUCAUGAUAACGCAAGGACGAAAAACAUGGCUAAAUUUCUUGCACUUUCUGAUGUUUAUGGAGGGAAUAACGUACACGUUUUACCCCAAAACAAUGAAUAUGUUAUUGGUAAGCGGUGAUUUGGAUGAUACCCAUUUGAUACUCACUAGAUGCUUUGGUUUGCUUUAUGUAACAUGGUCAUUUGGAUACUUUCUGCUGAGCAAGUCUACAGACUCUACAACGGAGACGAGCAUCUUACUGGCCUGGUCUGUGGCUAUGCUGACCAGUCUGAUGGCGAAAGGCUACCUGCUAACACACCCAGGACCAAAGAAAGCCACUGUUAAAAUGGAAUCUGAGGAAAUGGUGACUGUAUUUUACACAACACUGUUGUUCACCGUUGGGGUAGUGUUUCAUACCCUCAAGUCUAAUGACUGGGGCGGGUUUGGCGAACAACAAUCCCACGCCAACUUCCAUCUGAGACUCCAGUUUGUCUUUCUGCUGAUAAUGGGCAUUGUUUCUUACGCUAUGCCACAGUGGACUGUUAAAAUGAUGGGUGACGUGGACAAGGUGGAUUCUAUUCAUGCUUUCUUUACUCGAGUUGAUGCUAGUUGGUUACUUGCCAUGGCCGUGAUAGCAAAUCGUGCUGCCAACUUCCUCCGUAACAACGACAAAGAUGCAGUUAUCUUCAGUCAAUGGCUGUUCUUUGUGUCAGCCUCAGUGCUCGGCUGGAUAGAUACAGCUGGCAAAUGGUCAGAGUUGCCAUGGAGUCGUAUAGCUCUACAAGCAUUCCAUGAUGCUGUCCUUAUCCUGAAUGCUACGGGUGCUCUCAACAGGGACUUCUCAGUGGUCAAGAGGGUGGUGAUACCACGGUUUAAGGUGGUACCACGUGAUGUACGCGACUUCUUUAAAUUCAAGCAACAGUAGAAACCUCCACUUAUCACAGAAUGCUCAGAGCUGUUUUGAUACCUUAAACUGCAUGCCUGAAAAUUUAUGUAAAAGGUUUAAAACUUUAGAAAAGAGGUUACAUUAAUAGUUAAAGGAAGAAGUUUUAACUCGAUUGAAUACAUUUUAUGAAGUGACAGAAAGAAAUUUUGAAAUGACUGCAUAAUUUUUAUGAAGCUUUUAUCUUUUUAAGCCAAUAAAAUAUGUAGAAAAGUGUCAAAACUGUAAAGGCUUAAAGCAUUGUUUUGAAAUUAGUUGUCAACAUUAAAAAUACGGUUCAUGAUUUUUGAUAUAUCGAUAUCAAUCAAGUUUUAACAUUCUAAUGUUCAGUCUCAGGCAUGCCCCUUUAAUUUAAAAGAAAUUGAAUGAAAUCGAGUUUUUUGUGUGUGACCUGUGAAUGUUUGCAAUUUACAUAGACGUAUAAGUAUUUUACUUUUUAGACCAGAAUUUUUAGUUGUCUUCCAAUAUAUGUAUAUAUUCAGGAAUUGAAAAAAGAUUAUGUAGAUUUUAACACAAGAUAUAUAGGUUUUUAACACAUCAUUUAUAGAUUUAAACACAAUUUGAACAGUGAAUUUAUUUUGAAAUACCUUUAAUUUUUAGCUCACCUGUCACUUUGAGGUGAGCUUUUGUGAUCGCAUGGCGUCCGUGCAUAAACUUUUGCUUGUGACCACUCUAGAGGUCACAUUUUUCAUGGGAUCUUUAUGAAAGUUGGUCAGAAUGUUCAUCUUGAUGAUAUCUAGGUCAAGUUCGAAACCGGGUCACGUGCGGUCAAAAACUAGGUCAGUAGGUCUUAAAAUAGAAAAACCUUGUGACCUCUCUAGAGGCCAUAUUUUUCAUGAGAUCUUCAUGAAAAUUGGUCAGAAUGUUCACCUUGAUCAUAUCUAGGCAAGUUCGAAACUGGGUCACGUGGGGUCAAAAACUAGGUCAGUAGGUCUAAAAAUAGAAAAACCUUGUGACCUCUCUAGAGGCCAUAUUUGUCAAUGGAUCUUCAUGAAAAUUGGUCAGAAUGUUCACCUUGAUGAUAUCUAGGUCAAGUUUGAAACUGGGUCACGUGGGGUCAAAAACUAGGUCAGUAGGUCUGAAGACUUUGUGACCUCUUUGGAGGCCAUAUUUUUCAUGGGAUCUUUAUAAAAAUUAGUCAGAAUGUUCACCUUGAUGAUAUCUAGGUCAAAUUCGAAACUGGGUCAUGUGUGUCAAUAACUAGGUCAGUAGAUCUAAAAAUAGAAAAACCUUGUGACCUCUCUAGAGGCCAUAUUUUUCAAGAGAUCUUCAUGAAAAUUGAUCAGAAUGUUCAUCUUGAUGAUAUCUAGGUCAAGUUCGAAACUGGGUCACGUGCAAUCAAAAACUAGGUCAGUAGGUCUAAAAACAGAAAAGCCUUGUGACCUCUCUAGAGGCCAUAUUUCUCAGUGGAUCUUCAUGAAAAUUGGUGAGAGUGUUCACCUUGAUGAUGUCUAUGUCAGGUUCUAACCUGGGUCAUGUGCGGUCAAAAACUAGGUCAGUAGGUCGAAAAAUAGAAAAACCUUUUGACCGCUCUAGAGGCAAUAUUAUUCAUGAGAUCUUCAUGAAAAUUGGUGAGAAUGUUCACCUUGAUGAUAUCUAGGUCUACUUCAAAAGUGGGUCAUGUGCCUUCAAAAACUAGGUCAUUAGGUCAAAUAAUAGAAAAACCUUGUGACCUUUCUAGAGGUCAUAUUUUUCAAUGGAUCUUCAUGAAAAUUGGUCAGAUUUUUUUAUCUUGAUAAUAUCUAGGUCACAUGUGCUCAAAAACUAGGUCACUUUGUCAAAUAAUAGAAAUAACGACGUCAUACUCAGUUCAACACUGGGUCAUGUGGGGAUAGGUGAGCGAUUCAGGACCAUCAUGGUCCUCUUGUUUAAUUAUCAUGAUUUUGUUUUUCACUAUAACUGGUAUUAGCAUCAUCUACACCAAAAUGGCAGCUGUUUUAGUUAACAGGUUUUUAUUCUACGCAUUUUUACAUUGUUGAAGAAUGAAUGUGAUAGCACAGUAAGAUAGGAAUAGCACAUGCCAAAAUCAUUCUAGUGGUCUGGACCAGUAUGUAAAAUGAAUUACUUAUUUUUAUAAAAUUGAAUUUUUGUCAUUUUGAUUAAAACAGCAAUUUUGCGGAGGUAUAAAUGCGUGCAUUUCAUGUGUUAAAGAUGAAGUCAAUGGGAAUUUUAUAUGUUUGUGGGGAUUAGAUUUCAUGGAUUGAUGCAACCUUGAAUAAAUCUGUUUGAAUGAUUGUUUUACCUUUAAAGGGAAAAGAAAAUUGUUCUAAUUGUUACUUCUUUCUGCUAGGUACUUUUGUGUCAUGAAUUAAAAGGCAGUGAGGUUUGUUUUUUUUUUUUUAAUUUGACUGAAAUGAGAAAGUUAUGAACAUUUAUGGCAAUAUAAAACAAAAUGGCAGAUUCAAUUGAUUUUAAGAGACUGUUUGAGCUGUACUUUUAAUAAGGUAAAGUAGUAUCAGCUUCUUCCAGUUAGAAAGAAAAAAAAAAUAUUUUGUAAUCUUUCUUAAUUUCACAAAAUAGGCCAUAUUGAAGAAAUUUGGUAUGUCCAACUCCUCGUACACAUUUUGAAAGAAUGGAUUCAAAGUUGCUCACAUGCACAACUUUAUCUGAAUACAAUUUGCUUCAAACUUUUAUUCGAACAUCCUUCAUGUGAAGGUAUGUGCUAAAAACUUUGAUAUUUAAAGGAUGGCACAGUAUGUGGGGGCAUUCAUGUCCAAUGGACACUAUUCUAGUUAUCAUCUGCACUAGUUCUUUGAACAGCAUCAUUAAAACUGCUUCAUGAAAAUGGAGAUAUCAUCAUCAUCAUCAUCAUCAUUGCCAAUUCAUACAUCUUAAACAUCCUUAUCAUCAAUGCUUCAUCAUCAUUACUUAAAGCAUCAUUGUCAUCAUCAUAUUGAACAUUGUCAUCAUCAUUACUUAAAGCAUCAUUGUCAUCAUCAUAUUGAACAUUGUCAUCAUCAUUACUUAAAGCAUCAUUGUCAUCAUCUUUACUUUUAACAUCAUCAUCAUUACUUACAGCAUCACCAAAUUGAACAUCAUCAUUGCUUUGAACAUAAUCAUCAUUACUUUGGACAUCUUCAUUAUCAUUUUUCAUUGAACAUUGUUAUCAUCAUCUCUACAUUGUAUAUCAUCAUAGGCAUCAUCAUCUCCUCUUCAUUGAACAAUGUUAGAUUCAUCAUCAGCAUAAUGUACAUCAUCAUCAUUAUUCGCCACAAAAACAAUCUGCCAUCAACACACAGCUAUCAUUAUUUUCAUCAUCACUACAUUCAUAACAAACAUCAUCUCCAAAUCCAUUGUUUGUCAUCUUUAUUCAUCACUUUGAUCAUUAUCAUUUAUCACCAUUAUUCAUCUUCAUUAUUGAGCACAUUUUGAUCACAUUAUCAUUGCAACAUUAAUAUUGCCAUCGUCAUUGCUGUUUGUUCAUUGUUGAUAUUUUUCCAUCAUUGUCAUCAUCAUUUUCCACACCUCUACUGGUAUUUAUAUCAUUGUCAGAACCCAAGGCCAUUUGUUGCUGACUUUAAAUUCAUCCACCAUUGUUAAUACAUUUUACCAUCAGCAGCAUCAUUUUCAGUAGCAUUCUCAUUGUCAUCAUCAUUUCCAUCAGCAGCAUCAUUUUCAUCAGCAUUAACUUCAUCAGCAUCAUCAUUUCCAUCAGCAUUAUCUUCAUCAGCAUCUUCAUUGUCAUCAGCAUCAUCAUUUACUUCAGCAUCAUUUUCAUCAACAUUAGCUUAAAUUAGCAACAACAAAAACGGAGUAUGGUACAGUAGUUUUUAUCUGACAUUUAAGUGUAUGACACAGAAGUUUGAAGACCAGUCACUUCUGCACAAUGUUUUAACCAGUAGUGAAAAAUAAGUACUGUAAAAUUACAUAUUUUUGUUUGACCAAAUUUCACAGAAUUUAAAAAGAAUCUCAUAACCACUUUGUGGAAUAUUUGCAUGAACUGUCAAGUUUUUCUUAAAAAAGUGAUUAAAGUAUGACUUUUGGUGAUGGCAGUAUUUUGCAAAAUAAUCAAAAAUGUAAUUAGCAAAAAUUAAUCCAUCGUUUAUAUUCCUGAUUUACGGUAGCUUUUUUUUUGUAAAUAAAUGUGUCUCAUAGUGCUUCAGUGUGGUUCAGAACAUUGUAAAAGUGGGAUUAUGUUUUGUAAAUGAGUGUGAGACUUUAGUUAUCUAGAUUUGCAGUUUUAUUAUUGUAAAGUGUGAAUGUUUUUAACCAGUAAACCAUUUACAUCCUGAGUAAUUUGACCUAGUUCUAAUGUAUUGUAAUUAAGGUCAUGGUCAACAUAAUACGAUUUGUACAGUUUAUACACAUGUAAAGGUAUUAAUACUUUUUGUAUAUUUUAACAUCCUUAGUAAUUUGACCUAAUUUUAAUGUAUUAUAAUCAUUACUUUGAAUGUAGUAGAGGUCAUGGUCAGCGUACAAUACAACAAUUUGUACAGUUUAUACACUUGUAAAGGUAUUAAUACUUUUGUAUAACUUGAUAUGUAAAGGUAUUUUUUUAAUUCACAUUUUUCCACCGGGCAGUUUUGUCAGUUUCUGUUUAAAUAGUGGAUGGUAGUUGUGAAAUAUCCAACAUCAUCUUUGUAGACACAGAAUGGUGUUUUGAAUUCUUAAAAUGAGCCGUGCCAUGGGAAAACCAACAUAGUGGGUUUGCGACCAGCAUGGAUCCAGACCAGCCUGUGCAUCCGCUGUUCACUAACAGUUUCUCUAAUUGCAAUAGGCUUUGAAAGCGAACAGCACGGCUCAAAUAUGUAUAUUAUUUGAAAUUACAAUUAACCCUUACCAUGCUGGACACAAUUGAUUCUGCCUUUUCAACCAGUGUAGAUCAUGGUCUGCACUGUUCGCUAAUCAGUCAGUAUCCUUUUGGUAUGCAUCCCUUUUGACAGUUAAUGGUAAUGUCCAAAUUGAAAGAUGGACAAGUUCAGUGUAGAAAUUUAGCUGGGUAAGAGUUAAUAAUACCCUUUUGGUUGAUUAUUUUACAUUGUUAUACUUCUGUCAUUUUGAUCCCAACUUUCAGUUUGGCUCCAUUAUUGUCCGCUCCAUAUAAAGUCUAAAUAUCAUUUAAUAAAGCAACGUGUUCUUAUAAAACAUGGUAAAACAAAUAGCUCUGCUUACCAUUUACCGAAUCUACAUUUCUUUGUGUCUGUGUGAAAUACUUGUCUCCAGUAGAUCUUUGACGGUUUUGUAGAAACAAAAAUUAUGUUUAAAGCAUCUAUUUACUCGCAUGUUUUUUGUACAAGAAAAUAUACCAUCUCUUGA